AUGAUUAUUGGAAUCCAAUAUCACAAGGUCUCUUUUCGCACCGCCUUCUUCCCUUCCAACUCAGUCAAAAUGCUCGGGAAGCUUCAAUUCCUUCACCAGAAUUUCCUGCAUUCCUCACCAAUCGAUAAUCUCCACAACCCAAAACCGUUCGCCGUCCGUGUACUCGUCUCUGCACCCAUUAUCGUCGCCAUACCCAUCCGUAGAGAUGAUUGGAAGGGCCAGCGCGUCAGGGCUUCUGUCUGGUGGUGGUGGUGGAAAGAGAGCCAUUACCAUUUUGAACCAGAUGAUUGGAAGGGCCAGCGCGUCAGGGCUUCUGUAACCCUCCUUGCCUUCUUGUAUUCCGCCUAUCAUGCGCUCCCCCGAGCUGUAGCCCUUGCCUCAGCCACGGUGACAUCUUUGAGCGGCACGGUCGUGUGGGAGGUGAGGGGCGGCAAGUGGACUGGGCUGUCACCCGAUUUAUCGUGUGAUUCCUUUGUUGUCGAGUGCCGAGAGCAAGGCGGAAACGCCUUCUCUUCUAGUGUGCUAGGUCCACGAUUCGUGGAGAUCUUCUGGCAGCGAUGCCAGGAUUUUUUUUUCAUGUUAAUGCUGCCGGAGGGAUACCCUGGCAGCGUGAGUGCCGACUAUAUUGAAUAUUCUCUCUGGCGAGCGGUCCAGGGAAUUGCCAGUCAAAUAAGUGGCGUUCUUUCAACUCAGGCUUUGCUCUAUGCUGUUGGGUUGGGAAAAGGUGCAAUUCCUACGGCUGCUGCCAUCAACUGGGUGCUAAAGGAUGGCAUUGGGUACCUCAGCAAAAUAUUCUUAUCAAAAUAUGGUCGUCAUUUUGAUGUAAACCCUAAGGGAUGGAGGUUGUUUGCAGACCUACUAGAAAAUGCUGCAUAUGGAAUGGAGAUCAUGACUCCUGCUUUUCCUCAAACAUUUGUUUUGAUUGGAUCGGCUGCAGGGGCUACUCGUUCUGCGGCUGCUUUGAUACAGGCUGCCACAAGAAGCUGUUUCUAUGCAGGUUUUGCAGUGCAUAGGAAUUUUGCGGAGGUUAUUGCAAAAGGUGAAGCCCAAGGAAUGGUAAGCAAGUUUGUUGGCAUCAUGCUUGGGAUAACGUUGGCUAACUGCAUUGGUUCCUCCACUCCAAUGGCUCUUGCUUCUUUUGGUGCAGUAACUGCAGUCCAUAUGUACUGCAAUAUUAAAUCAUAUCAAUCAAUUCAACUGAGGACACUGAAUACUUAUCGUGCAAGGCUAGUUUUUAGUGAAUAUCUAUGGGGCGGGGUCCCUUCUAUAAAAGAGGUCAAUGAUGAAGAACCAUUCUUUAUCAAUCUGCCAUAUGCCAAAAAAAAUAUGCAUAGAACCUCAUCCCAAAUUUUGUCUGCUGAAGCCAUGGAUGCUGCUGGUGAUAUAUGCCGCCGACUUGAGCUGGGAUCUAAGCUUAGUGAUGCUAUCAGCAGCAAAGAAGAUGCAUUUGCUCUUUUUGAUCUGUUCAGAGAUGAGCGCUAUUUACUUUUGGAAGGGAAACAGAAGUUCCGUGUAAUACUUAAAGAUGACUCUUCGCCUGAAGACAUGCUCAAAGCUCUCUUCCACGUCAACUAUCUUUACUGGCUAGAGCAAAAUGUCGGAAUAGCACCAAAAAGCAUCCCUGAUGACUGCAGAUCGGGUGGUAGGCUGCAGAUUUCUUUGGAGUAUACACAGAGGGAAUUCAUUCACAUCAAGCAAGAUGGUUUGCAAUGUGGCUGGCUUAUAGAUGGGCUGAUUGCAAGGCCAUUGCCAAACAGAGUUCUGCCAGGCUAUGAUUCCAACUCUGUUGUGCAUUUAAGUUGAUGUUUCAUAAAGUAUUUGGUGCAGCAAGUGGUUUUGAAGUUAUUGGAAGAAACACGGCUUUCACACGUGCAUGAGAUUGUAAUCAACUUUCGUACUUGUUAUCUGAUAUCUUUUGGUUAGAUUAAGGUUUAGCACGCAUCCAUUGUACUGGUCUAGUAUGGGCGUAGCAUUUGAUAUUGCUGUUUUCUUCUCAAUGCAGUACAUAUGAUAAUUGAAUCACCCAGGAGAUAGAACCAUAGAAGUGCUAAUGCAUUUCAAAAUGUUUGUAAACGAAGCUUACCAGGUCUACCAAAAAUCACUUGGCAAGUAGAGUCAUUUGCA